GAGCCAGUUUAGGAGAAACAGUGCAUUUCUGGGAGGUUGCGCUACAAUUAACUUUUCAGAGUGUUUUCCUCUUCAAGAUAAAGCAGGUGCUCGGCUCGAAGGGCCUCUUUCGCUGAGGAUCGAUGUCUUCUUCCAGGUAACCCAGCACCCAGGACCCGGAACGCGGGACUCAUCGCUGGCCGGGGCGUCACCAUGAACGACCACGGCGCUGUCGCGGAGCUACUGCAGGAGUGCCAGCGCGCGCUGGACCAGCUGGCCCUGCAGGCGCCGGGCCCCGAGGGGCGGGCGGACACGGCUGUGGGUUCCACAGACGUGUCGCCGCAUCUGUCCGCCCUCUUUCGGGUGUCACCGCAGCUCGCCAGCAGCCGCACGCGCGUGCGAGACGAACGCGCGCUGUCCCCGCUCGUGGCCUCGCUGGCGGCGGAGCGGGGCCGGGACGCCCCGCCUGUGGCCGCCCGCAUUCCCACGGGGGCACUGUCAGCUCUCAUCCCCAGCGAGCUGAGGACCCUCGUCCAGGAGGCGAAGGAAAUGAAGUGGCCUUUUGUGCCCGAAAAGUGGCAAUACAAACAAGACAUCGGCCCAGAGGACAAGACUAACCUGCAGGACGUGGUGGGCGCCCGGCUGCAGCAGCUACUGGUGUCCUUGAAGGCCUCCAUCCUCGCCGGGGACUGUGCCACCGCCGCUGCCAUCGUGUUUCUGAGCGACCGGCUCCUGUACGGGCUCGACUUGUCCUCCCAGCUCCUGCAGGUGGCCAAGGGGCUGCACAGGCUGUGGCCGGACAUGCCGAUGGCCCCGCAGGUAGUCAUCCGCCAGGCCCGAGUGGCGGUCAACGCAGGGAAACUUUUGAAGGCCGAGUACAUCCUGAGCCGUCUGAUCAGCGACAAUGGAGCGACAGGCACCUGGCUGUACAGAAGGGAGAGUGACAAGGUCCUCGUGCAGUCGGUCUGCAUCCAGAUCAGGGGGCAGAUCCUGCAGAAGCUCGGGAUGUGGUGCGAGGCGGCGGAGCUGGUCUGGGCCUCGAUCGUGGGUUAUCUGACGCUCCCUCAGCUGGAUAAAAAGGGCAUCUCCAUGUCCCUCGGGAUCCUGGCAGACAUCUUUAUUUCCAUGAGCAAGAAAGAUUAUGAGAAGUUUAAAAGCAACGCGCAGAUGGACUUGGGCCUGCUGAAGGAGUGGGGCCACCACUUGCUGUCCGCGGCGGAGGCCUGCGAGCUGGCGGCGGCCUUCAGCCCCUACACGCCCCUCUUCGUGCUCACGGCCAUGGUAAGCAGAGGGCGGCGGGAGCGACGGGCAGCACUGGUCACGCGCGCAGAGCCGGCCCGGCCGGGCGCGGCGAUGUCGUCCGCUCUGCGGUGGCGGUUCCUGAGUCAUGGGACACCCCGAGGAGCCUCCUCAAAGGACACAUUCUACCCUCGAUCCCGGGACCGGUUCCCGGAAGGAACUUAUGGCACGUGUCAUGGGCGCACUCCGUUUGCUAAAACGGCAGUGACAGAUGUGCCCUCUUUGACCGGUGUCCAGGCUACGAACCUCCGCGGCACGUGCCUGCUGUCGUACGGCGGCUCCGAGGACUGUCCCCCGGGAAGCAGGGCUGCGAGCCUGCGCGCGGCGGCGCGGGCCUUCGAGGGGACCCCCGCGGACGCCGGGCGCAGCAACUGGACCCGUCCUGACGCUUUUCGAGUCUCCUUGGACGAAGACGCCGAGACUGAGGCUGGGUCCCCAGGCCACAGCAGGGGCCAGGGGGCCGCUCUGCGCGAGUCCCUGAGUGACAGCCAGAGCUGCAGCUCCUGGAGCAAGCUGUCAGCUGUCAGCUCCUCCUCCAGCUGGGAAGAGGUGGACGGGCCGCCCGCGCCUUCCCGAAGCCAGCCACCCGAGCAUGUGCCCUCCGCCCGCGACCCUCCUCCUGGCACGGGCUUGGCCUCGGGGUCAGGGCCUCUGGGAGGCGCGCUGCAGGGGGCCGGGGACACGGAGCCCACAGACGCCCCUGGCCACGCCACACCCUCACUCGGUGGGGCUCCUUGCGCUCUUAUUUCAGGUCACCCCAAGAACACGGCCGCACGCCCCUCGCUCCGAGACGAAGAGACCUUUGAAAUCGUUGAUGCGUUUCCAGAGACAGACGGGCGUGCGGACGAGGAGGGGGCGGGACGCGGAGGAGGCCCAGGCCCCACAUCCAAGGGCAGCCCUUCGCGGGUCGGCCCCGGGCAGACAGCGGUCGGCGCGGAGGGCAUGCCGGUGGUGCCCGGCAGAGUCAUGGGCGACUCCCUGGGCAGAAGCCCCGUGGCGGCAUGUGGCUCUUCCACUUGCCUGUGGCCUGUUCAGGAUCCUGACUCAGGACAAAGCGGCGGCUCCAUCCAAGAGCUGGACAUCGAUCCUGACGCCUCCACAGUAGACGAGGGGGGCCAGUUGCCCACGGACACAGCCGUCCAGCCCGCUGGCACCUCUGGCCACCCCCGACCGUGUGCUCUUAGGCCGCAGUGCGGUCAUGGGACCCCCAGUUCCUCUGGAAGCGGUGGCAUUCGCUCCUCUGUCCGCAGCGAGGACUGUGCUACCACCGAGGAAGCAGAUGGAGCGGGAAGCAGGCUGGGCUGCAGCGGGAGCGCCGGCUCGUCCUCCGCGCGCUGGCGGCGGUCUCCCCCGGUUUCCAGCAGUUCUUCCGAGGGCGGGGACCCAUGGUCCUCUCUGAACUCCAGUGGGAGUUCUUCUGUCUCUUUGCCAGGGACGACGCGGCAGGACGUCCUCGAGGCUCGCAUCCUGCAGCCGGAGGACGUUGAGAAACUCCUGGCAGGCGUGACACACGACUGGCUGUCCCGGAGACUGGAGAACACGGGCGUUUUUAAGCCCAACCAGCUCUGCCAGGCUUACGAUGCUCUUUUGUUGAAAUAUUCUAAGAAAUCUGAAUUGUGGACAGCCCAGGAAACCGCUGUAUAUUUGGGGGGUCACCUGGAAGUGAAGAAGGGCAGACAAAGAAAUGCUUUCUGGGUUCAUCAUCUCCAUCAGGAAGAAAUUCUGGGGAGGUACGUGGGGAAGGAGUACCGGGAGCAGAAGGCACUCUGGCCCCACUUUGCCGACGUGGAGCGGCAGAUGACCGCCCAGCACUACGUGGCAGAGUUUAACAAGAGGCUUUACGAACACAAGAUCCCGACCCAGAUCUUCUACGUGCCCUCUGCGGUGUUACUGAUCUUAGAGGACAGGACCAUAAAGGGGUGUAUCAGCGUGGAGCCUUACAUACUGGGAGAAUUUGUCAAAUUAUCGAAUAACGCGAGGGUGGCGAAAACACAAUACAGAGCCACGGAAUACGGUUUGGCUUUCGGCCACUUUUCGUAUGAGUUCUCCGGGCGCAGAGAGGUCGUGGUAGAUAUACAAGGCUGGGUGACAGGUGAUGGAAACGGGCUCUUCUACCUGACAGAUCCCCAGAUUCACUCCGUCGAUCGGAAAGAUGCCACCACCAAUUUUGGAAAAAGGGGGAUCUUUUACUUCUUUAAUGACCAGCAUGUGGAAUGCAACGACAUAUGCCGUCGUCUGUCUUUGACAAGACCUUCAAGGGAGGAGCUAAGCCACAGGCUGUCUGGAGGGCCGGUGUGACAGUGCCGUGCUGAGUGGCGCCCGUGCUGAGUGACGCCCGUGCUGCUCACCAGUGCCGGGCCCGCCCCUUCCAGGCGCAGAGCACGGCACAGCCUGGUCCCUCCGGGCUUAGCGGGGGCCGUGGGGCUGGUUCUGGCCAUGAUUUAUGACAGACAUUGAUAAGGACCAACGUCAGACCCAUAUUUCAAUGUCAGUGCAAGACCCCCCACCUCCACGUCCCUCUGCCACAAGGACCAGGAGCACGUCAGGAGCUGGGUGCUCGUCGGCGCCCGUCCUGCCGUGGGGUGAUGCAGAAGAGGACCCCUGACUCACGGACGCGGAGCGGAGAUGAGGACCUUCUGCGGCUUGAGCCAUUGAGGUCUGGGGGCUUUUUGUCUCCUACGAUCAAGACUAACACCACGGGUGCUUUUCUUACUGAUUUAAGAGUUCUUUAUACAAACCGAAGAAUUCGGGGUUUUGUGCUGUGAGUUCUAGAUUUUUCUGUUUGUCUUGACGUUUGAUUUUGUCAGAAACUUUUUUCCCGUGCAGAUUUGUUACUUAGCUGACUCAUUCGUUUCGUGGCUUUGCCACAUGUAGAUCUCCGGCUCUGGGCCCCUUUCUUUAGUCUCCCCGCCCUUCCCCCAAAACGUUCGCCCUGGUGACCGGUGUGCGGGAGCAGCCGCCGCAGCCCGCGCUCGACUUCUCACCGGCGCGGGC